AUGGCGGCCCAAGAUGAAGUUGACGUAUGUGAAAGUUGGGAGGACAUGGACGAUAUUGGCUUGGACAACAAGAUCAAACUGAUGUCCAGUGUUCCUGCCCCUGUAAAAACUUCAUUGAAAAGUUGCAAGGUUACUAACGUAAUAGUAGAAGAGAACGCGUGUAUCGGAUCUCAGUGCAUGAUGCCGGAGCCAUCUAUUCGUAUCCUGAAACGACCAUCAACUCUGGCUAGCGGCCAGCUAAACGGAGAGAGUCGUGCGCGACCUGUGAAGACGCUAGAACAAAGGCAAAAAGAAUAUGAACAGGCUCGUUUGCGAAUAUUAGGUGAAGCUCGGAGCCCUGAGGACGUAAUUGACGAUAAUUUGACACGAUUACAGGAAAAACUCCAAGUGAACAGUAUAAAUGACACUCAAAGCACUGGCAGGACAAAAAAUAAUUGUCACGGUGACAGUAACUCCAAAGGCAAAGAACGCAAAGUUCUUGCACGAUUACCACCAGGUGCUACUGCAUCUGGAAUUUUCCCAUCACCGCCACCUCCAGGUGUUCUUGUCAUCAGAACACCAAGAGGGCCAGACGGCACCAAAGGCUUUCUUAGAAGG